AUGGCAGAAGCAUCUUUGGCUCAAGCAAGGCAGCUUGCCGUCGCUCUCGUGAAAACCAACAAUGAGAUUCUACAGCGCUGCCUUCCCCACAAGAUUUCUCAAUCUUCUGUACAAGGUGUGGCCACAAACAGUCUCGAGUUCUAUCGCCUGGGCUUCGAUGUGGUGAAGGUCUAUGCCGGUAGCAAUGGUGGAUAUCCAAACUUUAACACUCCGUCCGAGAUUUCCGGUAGCAACGGUGGACUUCUUCACUUCACCACGAAGUCUGGGAUUUCCAGGAAACCUUUUCAGAGCCCUACAGAACUACCCUCAGUGCUCAGUGACAUUCUUCCCAUUGGCAUCACUUCACCAGACGAAGUUCUACACAACUAUGAAGAUUACAUCUCCAAGACAGCCAUGCUGCACAAUGACAUUUUGUCGCUCUUUUUUGUUGUGUUGAAAGAUCACUUGAAAACCAUACAAGUUGCUCUUGGAGAGAUUGAUUCAUGGCACUUGGAACCAGUCCAUGUGGUACAAUUUCUGAAUAACCAGUUUGGAGUACACCUGCAGGUGCCUGGACAUUAUCAGGGAUCAUUGGGUGGGGCAGUGACUGAACUCCUUGCACCAGUACCUCUAACCUGCUUGAAGUGCUUUCGUUCCAAGGCUGAGCAUGUGCCUCGCCGUAGCGCAGCGCCGGUGUUCAAUUUCAAUGGCUCCGGCUAUGUCGGGUCCACGCCUCGCCAUACCGGUACCCUUACAGCGGAACUCCUUCUCUUUGGCGGGGGCGGCCUGGGUACGGCAAAUGCAGGGACCCAACAGACUCCAAGCACCCAAGUCUGUACGCAGGAGUCCUACUUUAAACCAGAGUCCUGGAACCUGAAAUCAGUGAGUAUGCCUGUUGGAGAAAUAUCAAUGUCUUUCAAAGUCUCCGAAGAAUCAGAACGGGUCAAGCUCGAGAAGUUUCUUGAAUUUGCGUCUGUCUGUUAA